CAGUUGCAGAAGAUUAGAAGUGUAGUGAGGAUAACUAUGUGAGACACUGCUUUUAUAAUGCAUCCCCACCCUCCCCUGCCUUCCUAUAUGUAUCUGUCUCUGCAGGGUUUUUUCCGCCGAAGCAUCCAGAAAAACAUGGUGUACACGUGUCACCGGGACAAGAACUGCAUUAUCAACAAGGUGACGCGGAACCGUUGUCAGUAUUGCCGCCUACAGAAGUGCUUUGCAGUCGGGAUGUCCAAAGAGUCUGUUCGAAAUGACCGGAACAAGAAGAAGAAGGAGAGCCCAAAGCCGGAUCUGGCAGAGAGCUACGAGCUGACAACUGAGCUGGAGACAAUCAUUGAAAAGAUCCGUAGGGCUCAUCAAGAAACGUUCCCCUCCCUCUGCCAGCUUGGCAAGUACACAACGAACUCGAGUGCAGACCACCGUGUGAGGCUGGACCUGGGACUGUGGGACAAGUUCAGCGAGCUGGCCACUAAGUGCAUUAUCAAGAUUGUGGAGUUUGCCAAACGAGUGCCUGGCUUCACGGGGCUGACCAUUGCAGACCAGAUCACACUACUCAAAGCUGCCUGUCUCGACAUUCUGAUCCUGCGCAUCUGUACAAGAUACACUCCUGACCAGGACACCAUGACCUUUUCAGAUGGGCUGACCCUCAACCGGACGCAGAUGCACAAUGCUGGCUUCGGCCCGCUUACUGACUUGGUGUUCACUUUUGCCAACCAGCUCCUGCCCAUUGAAAUGGAUGACACAGAAACAGGCCUCCUCAGCGCUAUCUGUCUCAUCUCUGGAGAUCGUCAGGAUCUCGAGGAGCCCUCUAAAGUGGACCAGCUGCAGGAGCCACUGCUUGAAGCUCUCAAGAUCUAUGUAAGAAAGCGUCGGCCAAGUAAACCACACAUGUUCCCCAAAACCCUGAUGAAGAUCACAGACCUGCGCAGUAUCAGUGCUAAAGGAGCAGAGCGAGUCAUCUCUCUAAAAAUGGAGAUCCCUGGUUCCAUGCCACCGCUAAUCCAGGAGAUGCUGGAGAACUCAGAGGGCCAAGAUAGCCAGAGCAGCAGCAGCAGCACUUCAGCUGAGGUGGGGCCCAGACUCAACAGCAAGGGAAGUCGCAACAAGGAUGCUGCUACUGUGGAAUCCCCAAAUUCCACGGACAACGAGGAGGGUGCGGCCACGCCACCCAGAAUCGAGCCCUAGGAGGCACCCAGGGGCCUCGGAAACUCUCUGGCAUUACUUUGCUCAAAAACAUGGGCAAGAUGUACAUCCCUUAAAAUCUACCUAACCUGACUCCUAAGCUUGAUAUUCCAUUUUCCGCCCAUUUUGUCCCUAUUUUUCUCUCCAAUUUCCCCAAAAUUCUUUCAUUGAAAAGAAUAUAACACAGAGGCCUCAAAGGAUCCCUGCUUUGUGUACAUUUCUGAAUUGAGCUCUUAUUUGACAUGCCUCUGGGACUGUGACAGGAAGGGCAUCGCUCUCACAAACCAGCAGAGAUAAUACUCCUCAGGUCUCCUGUGUAAAUUCUUAUCUGCAUGAUGGGAGUUUGAUAAGUGUUUUCUCUGGCUCUCUCAGUCUUUCUCUGUCAUCUGUUUUCUUCUCUUGUAUCGUUGGCAUACAUGCAUUGUACAUAUCAUUGGAUGGUUAGGUCUCUGUUUCUAAGAUGAAUUUUGUGGUGCUUUAUUCAUUGUCUCUGAGGUGACACAUUAAGGAUUUUAAGUCCUUCAAAAAGUUAUCUAGAAGGUUACUGCAUAUAGACAUCAUGGAAGUCUAGUAUUUUAUAUUUCUUAUUAUAUUUAAAACUUUAUAUCUUUUAUAACUGUUUUGGGUUCGCAUUUCUCCGUGAAAAAGUCUACAUCCAGAUGUCGACAGCCGAGUUUGUUCAUUUGCUUCCUCGAAGGAGGAAAGCACAAUUGCAGAAGCCUGGAGAUACUCGCUGAUCAGAUUGGUCAUGUCUGUUUUGCUUCAACCCUCCAGGUAAACUGCUGAGACCUAAUGUGGAAGAUUAGAUUGAGAAUGCACCAGUCUAUGAAAUCAACUCAUUUUGUGGCUCUUGUCAAAACCGAUUGGGGAAAUUAGGCUGAUGACAGAUACCAGAGGUUUUUCUCCAACAGGUGGUGAUCACAUAGGAUCCUUUUCCCUGUUACAGUAUACUUCAGGUUUACCAAGAUUCUCCUUUAUUGUCUGCACUUUGGAGCUGGGAGAGAAUAACUGGAAAACCUGGAAAAAGAUUCCAUGUCUUCUUGCCAUCUGUUUCCACAGUGUCAGAUUAGCCUUCUGUGUAGAACGGAGAGGUAGUUCCUGGUUUUAACGGAGUCUAUGGCUGCAGUUCCACCUCAGUUACUUCUAAUUUUAAUUUGUGUAAUUCCUGCGUCUGGCUUCAGGCAAUCAAGAACACUUUGGUUUGACCACUUAUUUUAAGUCAGGUGUUAGCAGGUGACUUGGUGAUUAAAGUAGAAUAGAAUACCUACUUUAUUAUCACAAAACAAGUUAAUAAGACUUCCUCUGUCUCUUGCCAGUCCAUGUUUUUCUCUGUCAGCAAGCUGUGCUAAAAUUUGUGCUUAACCCUCCUGUUUGAUUCCAGCCUACAUUAGCUUAGCAGCGAUAAAUGAUUGAAUGUCAGCCUAAUCAGUGACUCUAGCGCUAACAACAUGUACUACCAAGUGCACGUGCAUCUGUUAUGGCCUUAUGAGAAGAGCUCCAUAACCUCUUUUUCCUGUCCCUUGCUUGAAUCAGUGAAGCACAAGUUUAAUGCAACACACAUGACCACAUGACAACUGUACACUAAUGUAGAAAACACACAGUGGGGUGAGAUGGGAAAGACCCCAAACACUGACCUAGCUCUUUACAUUGAUAGACUUUCAUCCCUCCAAAGUCAGCAGAGUAAAGCUUCUAAUUGGACAGUUGAUCCAAUAUUAAUCUCACUGACUGUGAAGUG